AUGGACGACUCUAAACCUCUAAACAAGGCCGUUUCCAAGGUCGAUAUCGACGGCCACACCCUACCCCCCUCGCCUGCUCCCUCGAGUCCCUCCAACGGCCGUCGACGCUAUGCUCUUGCUACUGAACUUGUCUAUACCGAAACCAAAGACCAAUACGGUGCCUCAAGCAUCCCAGUCUACCAAUCCGCUACAUUUAAGCAGACCUCGUCCAAGGGUGGCGAUGAAUAUGACUACACACGAUCGGGCAACCCAACCCGAACGCAUCUAGAGCGCCACAUGGCUAAGAUUAUGAAUGCUAACCGAGCCCUUGCUGUUGGUUCCGGCAUGGGCGCUUUAGACGUUAUUACUAGGCUGUUGCGUCCUGGAGAUGAAGUGAUCACUGGUGAUGAUCUGUAUGGGGGUACCAACCGGCUACUUACAUAUUUAUCGUCGAAUCAAGGCAUCGUUGUCCACCAUGUGGAUACCACAGAAGUCGAAAGAGUACGCGAGGUUGUCUCGGACAAGACUUCCAUGGUGCUCUUAGAGACCCCGACCAACCCCUUAAUCAAGAUUGUCGAUAUCCCGUCAAUCGCGAAAGCUGUCCACGACGUUAAUUCAAAGGCGCUCGUCAUCGUUGACAAUACCAUGCUAUCGCCUAUGCUAUGCAAUCCUCUCGAACUCGGAGCAGAUAUAGUAUACGAGUCAGGUACUAAAUACCUAUCAGGCCAUCAUGAUAUUAUGGCAGGCGUCAUCGCAUGCAAUGACACUUCUCUUGGUGAUAAGAUGUAUUUCACUAUUAACGCUACCGGUUGCGGUCUCUCUCCGAACGAUUCAUUCCUUCUCAUGAGGGGAGUCAAGACGCUAGCAAUUCGUAUGGAGAAGCAGCAAGCGAGCGCUCAAGUACUUGCUGAAUUUCUCGAGUCUCACGGUUUCCGCGUACGUUACCCUGGGUUGAAAUCUCACCCACAGUACGAUCUUCAUUGGUCCAUGGCGCGGGGUGCCGGGGCAGUCCUAUCGUUCGAGACCGGUGACGUCGCCUUAUCUGAGAGGAUUGUUGAAGCUGCGAAGCUGUACGGAAUCAGCGUGAGCUUCGGGUGUGUCAACAGUUUGAUCAGCAUGCCGUGCCGUAUGAGCCAUGCUAGCAUCGACGCAAAGACAAGAAAGGAGCGGCAGAUGCCCGAGGACAUCAUUCGACUCUGUGUUGGUAUUGAGGAUGUCCAUGACCUGGUCGACGACCUAUCUCGUGCACUCGUACAAGCAGGUGCAGUGACGAUUACACUUGACGGUUUUCAUGCGGUAGGAGCUACAGCACAGGUCGGAAGCACAAAUUCGAGCAACGAUACGUCGUCUGAGCCUACAUUAUCUUGA